UUGCGACGCGGCGCUGUCUGUGGUUUAGAAAGUUGUCCCGACGCUCAGUACUGGUUCACACCACAUCGUAUACGAACGUACUCUAGACUUCCGUGCGCGCGCGUGUGUUAGUGACGUGUGUAUUGAAACUGUGGAUUCUUACUUUGGGGAGGACUUAUUCUUAGGCCGUGUUUUGUGAAGCAUGUCAAUCUCUGUUUGCUCCGGUGUGCCACAAGAGCCCUUCUUGGAGUCCUGAUAGAGUAGAUAUUCCGUGGGUUUUGCACAGACCAACCCGUAACGUCAGAGACCACGUGACUGUCUGCAUCAGUAACACCAUCACCUGUCAACAUGGAGACCGAGGAAAUCACCAAGCUCGUCGAUGGAAUUUAUAAGAACAUUUUGGACAAAUUCAAUCCCGGUGCCAGGCAGAUGAUAAAUGCAGGGAAAGCUUACCUCAAGGCUUUACAUGGAGCGGCUGCGGCGUCACGCCUGUAUGUGGAAGCCAUCACAAAACUUGCCCGUCAGUCACAACAAGGCACAUGGGGAGGUUCGGCAGAUAUAGGCGCAGCUUUAAUGAAAAUGGUCGAAGUUUACAAGGAAAUACAAGCUCAGCAGAUGAAUAUUCUGAAAGCAUUCUAUGUUGACUUGCUGGUACCGCUGGAGACUAAUUUGGAAAAGGAUACGAAAGUUGUUCAGUCAGAGCAGAAGAGGUUUCUACAGCAGCACAAGCAGAGGUCGGAGACCUAUAGCAAGGCUGCUGCCACAAUGAAAAAACACCGCAAAAAACAGAGAUCUGCCAAGACAGGACUAGCGAUGGACAAGGAACUCAAGAGCAUGCAAGUUCUCGAAGAAGAGCGUUCCAAACUGGAUGCUUUUUGUGAACAGAGUUUGAAAAAUGCUAUGACACAGGAGCGAAGGAGGUACGGUUUUGUGUUAGAGCGCCAAUGCUCUCUAGCCAAACAUUAUCUAGCCUAUCACACCACUGGGAUGAACAUAUACCAGGCUCAUCUGGACAACUGGGGGGAGGUUGCCAAGACCAGGGAGUAUCUUCCAGAGGCUGUUGAGACCAUGUUUGCCAGUCGCCUCAGGCAAGUGAGCUUCUGGUCAGAUGAGGACACCACCAACUCUCCAAGGAUAGAGGAUGAUAGGAUCUCGCUGUCUUCUCAGCUGCGCAAAACCAAGUCCAUGGAUGCUUCCUGUCUGGAUGUGCGAGCAAUGAAUGAUAUCUCCAGCCCUACUCUGACACAUCAUUCACUUACCAGGGCAAAAUCUGAUUUCAACCUGACAGCAUCAAACCACUCUCUGGCUCCGGAACACAGGGAAAGUCCCUCUCCCAGGCCAAAGUCAAUGGCAGUGGGAGAAUCUAGUUGGGAAAAUCCUCUUGCUCGGGCGAUGUACGCUUAUCUCUCCAGUGGAGAAAACCAGCUCAGCUUCUUGGAGGGGGACAUCAUCGCUCUAAUGGGAGAACGCAACAAGGGCUGGCAGUUUGGUGAGAAUUUGCGUACACAAUGCAGUGGUUGGUUUCCGCUUGCUUACACCGAGACUCUAAUUGAUGACACCGCAACGACCACGUCUUCACCGACCCAUCGCCGUCAGGAUUCCAUCGCCACUACUCCAGGAGGAUUCAGUCUGGGUUCACCAGGGGGCAGCAGCAGUGCUGGUAAUAAUCUCCCUCGCACCCCCCUCCAAGCCCCUGCCCCUGUCACUAGGUUUGGAGACACUCUUGCUUAUAGACAGCCCCAGAUUCGGGCGGGGACAGACUCUUCUUUUAGCGCAGGACCCCCAGGGGUUCCCGCCCCUGUGGUACCCGCCUCACGCCGCGCCCCACCACCCUUGCCUCCCCUUCCCCCUCAUCCGCAAACUCUUCCUACACCUCGGCAACCCUCCGCAGCAAAGCGCCCACCUCCUGCCAACGCUUCCCUUCACAGCUCCAAUGACAGUGGCUUCAGUAAUGACCCUCCCCCAGCUCCAGAGGUGGACUAUUCUGAUGAUGAAGCAGCAAGACGAACCACAAUGAUGAAAAACCAACGGAACACGCAGCAAAACGGCAUUCAAAAUGGGAAGAAAGAGCUGGCUUCAGUUCGGGGUUGGUUGAGUGAAGCAACCAAUGAUUGGUAUUCCGAUAAAAAUAAAAAACCUACUUCGCACCGUCCUCUGAGGCAAUCUUCUAGCGUCGGAGUGAUCACAACUUUGGGCAGAUCCAAGGAGACUCUGACUUCAGAUAGCCCCAAUGUCAAGCGAGAGACAAAAGAGAUGACCUUGAAAGCAGUUGAAAUACCUUAUGAAAAAAAGGUAAAACGUACAAAGUCUCUCUGGAAAUUCAGAAAAAGUGAAGAUGUCCUUGAGGGAAUGGCUCUGUGGAAGCACCGAUCUCUAGUGGAUGUCUCCAACAUUUCGGCUAAAGAUGGAACUCCUCUUCCGGCUAAGAAGAGUUUGUCAUUGAGCAAGAGCCUGGAUGACAGCCAGGACAACGAAGAUGUCUCUGAGGAGACUAUUGUCAAUGGAGAACGGAAAGAGAUGAACUCAACAAGACGAGGAUCUCUGGAGACCUCAGAGAGUGAUAACGAGGACAGCGAGUCUUGUAUAGUGGUCGAUGAUCACCUGAAAGCUGCAAAGGUGGCACCACUGCUUCCAAGAACCAGGCUGAUCCGGAGCAACACCAAACGAGCAGAACCAGAGACCAGGAAACCAGAGGAAAUGCGGAGACCUCAACGGACUCUAGAGGGGAGAUCUCAGCAGGUCAGCGAUCUCCAGAGGCAGCAGUGGUUUGAUCCAUGGGACCACGAGUAAUGGGGCAAUGUUUUCGCAACUGUGAAACUCCGCAAGACCAAAACCAAUGAUAGAUCGGCGCCAAUAAUUCUUUGAACGAGGCUUUAAGUAGACAAUGGUGAUGUUACUUCGGACACAGUUAUGGCUGGACAGUCAGUGAGAGAACUUGAGUUGCCUUAAUUUGGAAAUCGGAAGACAAGUUUGUAAAUGAGAUUUUGUAUUUUGCUAGGUUAGUUGAAAGAGGAGUUUCUUUAUUUUUAAUAUUGCUAGUUACAAAAGUGUACAAUCUGCAAAGACGAUUUUCCUGUUGGGAGCGUGCAAUUGAGUGUAUGUAAACUGUAAAGCAUUGCUUGUUGUAGAAAUAGUGUAUUUUGUAAAAAUAUUUUCAGAAAAAAAUGAAUGUAUAAUUUUUUGGAAAGCCAACUAAAGUAAAUGUAGGUUUGUAAGGAGAGUAAUAAAAUAGAAUUGUUAACAUUUCUCAAGAUAUUUGGAUUUUUGUAUUGAAUAAAAAUCACAUUUAUAUUUUUAAGUCUCAUUGUAUAUUAUUGUAAAAGUAGAAUGUUGAAUACUUGAAUGAAAUCAUGGUUUCCAAGAUAUUAUUACCUGUAUAUUCGAGAAAUGUUGUGUAGUUUUAAUUUCAAAUAUGGUGGAGUAAUUUUGUGUCAUAAUUGUAGCUGUAGUUUUAGCUGUUAUGUUUGUAUUAUAAGCAAUCUGUUUGCAACAGGAAGCAUCAAAUAAAAAUCAUGCAGUGCAUUUUGUUGAAACUCAUUCGCUUUCUCUGAGUGUUGUUUCAUAGUAAAGAGGGAAUUAAUAACACCCUUGUUUUAAAAUAAUUUUUAUUUAUCAUUAAAUUUUAAUAUCUUUUUUUAAGAAAUGCUGGUUUUUAUAUAGAUGCUUUCUGUGCUUCUUCUACGAUUUCUCAUGCCGUUUGCGGACGGUAUAUUAGUCACACUAACUUGCUCAUUAUAUCAUACAUUCCUUAGUAUAUAAUGUAUAUUGUAUAUAUUCCAUGCAGGUCUACAACUCCUGUAUUAAUAUGUAAUUUAUAUUUUUUUAACAUACUAACUUGUACAUUAACCAUAGUAACAUUAAUGGAUAUAUUUGUUAACCCAUAUGUGUACGAGUAUGCCGAGUAUGCCAAUUUAUUCCGUCCUUAUUGGUUACUUAAAUAACUGCCAUUUUGAUGUCCGGAUUAUUUUGGUAGUAUUAAUUUUGUAUAAAAAGAUCAUUGGUCAUUUUUUAAUAUUUGUGAUUUUAAAAUUACAUUUUUAUAAAAUGACAAUGGUUUGUUUUAAUCUUUGUAUCAGUAUUAUUUGUUAACUUAUUAAAAAAACUAAUUGUACCUUUUUAUGGUAAAUCUUAAUUAGUUUUUAUCUAGAGUAUACUGUAAUUUUCCAGAAAUUUCUUUUCCUGUUUAUAAAGUAACAUAACAUUUUUUCCAUACUUUGAAAUAAUAAUUCAGAAUAAAUUUUAUUCCUAACAAUGUGCCUUUUGAUUUGUUUUGGAGAAAGUUUAUUUUAUUAAAGCCGAUAUAAAGUUAUUUAAUCAUAUUUUUCAAAGAAUGUAAUAGAAACCCAUUGUGUCUACCAACUCUUUACAAUCCCUGCUGAAUUCCAUUAGCCACACCAAAAAUAUCACAUGGAAGUUUCAAAAUUCUUUGGUAAAAUAUUAUGUAUUUCUAAUGGUGUACAAUAAUUGAGUUAAGUUUUUAACAUAACUUGAUUAGAGUAAGAUGUACAUUUACUAGAGUAGAGGUAGGUGAUUUGACCCGUUAAAUGUUGAAAUGUAUCAAAUUAUUGUUGUGUUUUUAUAAUUACGGUGUAGGGUUUAUUAUUAGAGAAGAGCAUAAUUUUUUAUUUUGAAUCAAAUAUUACUUUUAGCUUUGUUAUAUUGUUUACCCAAAAAGUUAUUAUGUGCUAAUGAAAAAUAAACAUAGAUUGUUAUCCAAA